UUCCUUUUUUUUCUUCUUCUUUUUCUUGUUUUCCUCAGCAGUCACACACAAUGACAGAUGCAGCCCCGCGCAUCCCGACCGAGGUCACCGUGAGGGUGUACACGGCGCGGAAUCUCCAGAAAGAAGUGACGGGCUACGUCAGCAUCAAGCUCGGCCGCGACAAGUUCAAGACGGGCACCUCGGAGAAGAAGGCCAGGCCUGAUUGGAACGAGGAAUGUGUGCUCAAGGUCAAGGAUCCGCGCGGCGCCAUCAAGGUCCAGUUGAACGACAAGGGAACGGGCGACAUUGUCGGCUUGGUGCGAUGGCACGUCGCCGAGUUGCCCACAUCGCCCAUGGGUCGCAAAUGGAUUCCGCUGCACCCCAAAAAGGUCAAAACCAUCAAUAACAUUGCCCCCUCGGCGCUGGGAGAGAUUUGCGUCGAAAUGUUCAUCAGCAAAACGGCCGAUGCAGCACUACACGCAGAGCACCACCGCAAGUGGCCAAGUUUCAAAGUGAAGGGCGGAAGCGACAAGGUCGACAAGUCGCUGUCCACGUCGAGCAACUCGCUGCAUCCACCAGACGGCAGCAACCUGCAGCGAAGCAACAGCAGUACGAGCGUGGCCACGGUUGCCGCAACGCCGAUUGCCGCGCCUCUUGACGCGAGCUCGCGAAGGAGCAGCCAAGUCAAUAUCGAGACGCCGCCCCCAAGUACUAAAAAGGACUCGUCCAAGCGCGUCUCGGUCGUGGGCGAGGCCGCUUCCGCCGCAGCCUCCGCACAGUCAGGUCCGGCGCCAGAAAUCAGCGGCGUCAGCCCCAAGGAGUGCACGGUUGCCGGCGGCGUCCGUGUGAUUGUCAAAGGGUCCAAGCUCGGCACCAACACGGAUGACAUUGCCACCGUCCGCUUUGGCGACAACGACGCGCUUUCGGUCGAGUGGAUUUCCAGCAGCAAGGUUGCCGUCGUCACGCCUCCACGAAACAAGGCCGGCAAGGUGCCUGUGACCAUUAUUCUUCGAGACGGGCGAAAUGGUGGUGGCUCCAAUUUCACCUACCGCGAGGAUCCGAACGCCGAUCAUUCGGUCAGCAAUGGCCAUGCGAAAGAGAGCAGUUCUCUAAGCGCAGCCGCUGCUGCGGGCGGAGGCUUUGAAACCCCAUCGUAUCCAGCAACAACUGCAGACGAAAACUAUGAUGCCAUGUCCCGUCCCCGCCUGAUUGCUGAAAUCCAAAAGCUCAAGGAGGAGAACAUAAAAAUCAUGGACACCAACGCCGCAAUGAAAGAGUACAUUGAUGCGUUGAUUAUUAAGAUGCUCGAAAUGGACGUGGAUGCUUUGGAGAAGCGGUGAGCUUCCGUCUACAAGUGAUCUGCCACGCCUGCGUCUUGCAUUCGCGGCAAACUUUCCGCCUCGUAAAACUUUUUCUGGUUAAUUCAUUGUUGUGUUGUUGUGUUUGUGUCUCUCUCGCGCUCUCCCCUUCCCUCUUCCUCUCUCCACCCGAUCUCCCCAGUUGACUGUUUUUGUAUCAAUGUUACAUUUCGAGUUUCACACCA